UUAAAGGGGAUUUCAUUUCUGUGGUUGGUCUAGGGUUCGAAUCGCACUCCCCUUGUUUUCGUUUUGUUUUUCCCUGUUCCUCUCGUCUUCUUCCUUCGGACACUGGUUCUGCAGGUCGUUCUCAUCGUCUACCAUUUCACCAUACCCGCGGAGAGCUGAAAUUUUGAUUGCUUCUCAUUCCACCAUGGAUCCAGAUCAGUCCUCCUCUUCCGCUCGCAGAAAGGUUAGGUUUCUACCAAAAGGACCUCCUCGCAGAAAGCAGAAAACCACCGGUCCCGAAACCGACGGAAUUGUCGGUGAUGAUAAUGAAGAUGCCACCGGCGAUGGCGGAGUGGCCCAGUCUCUCCUCCGCCGGGUCAACGAGCAUCUGGGGAGACAAGGACCUAAAGUUGAUAAUAAACCUUCAGUGCAAGUUGCAUUUGCUCAUGGAACCACAUCAUCAGAUUCCGUAAGAACAUAUGGCGUACCCAGGGAAGGUGAGAGUGAUGAAAACAAUGGUUCAGGUUCGCGUCUGAAAUGUUUUGCUGCCGACGAGCAAACCCUUUUUUCUUUGCCUUCUACUGCUGAACAAGAUGGAAUCCAUGAAAGUUAUGAAAAUCUUGUGGAUGCAUCAUACCAAAAGGAAAAGAAAGAUUACAUAGAACCUUGGGAUUACCAUGGUACAGAUUAUCCUAUUACUCUUCCUUUAAGAAGGCCUUACUCUGGAAAUCCAGAACUUCUUGAUGAAGCAGAAUUUGGGGAUGGUGCAAUGAACUCAGAGUAUGAUGAAAAUACUGUGAAUCCUGCUCUGGAGCUCGGGCUGCUGGAGGAACUUGACAAACCACAAAUGUUAUUUUUCCAAUUUCCUCUUAACCUACCUAUUAUUAAGCAACCAGGUAGUGCAGAUGGAAAAGAGAGAACUGGCAGUUUCAGACCAUCAGGGAGCAGAGUUGCUUCAGAAGGUGCUAACGGGAAAGAGAUAGCUGGUGGAUCAAUGUCACUAGGGAAUACUGUUGCUUCAGCUGCUGCAAAGGGAAAAGAGAAGAUGGGUAACUGUGUGCCACUAAGGAAGGCAAAUCCUUCAAAAAUGUGUUGCAGUUUGGAAGACUUGUCUGGCGGCUACAUGGGCAAGAUGUUGGUUUACAAGAGCGGAGCAAUCAAGUGGAAGCUAGGGGAUGUUGUAUAUGAUGUAUCACCUGGCGUGGGUCGUGGAUUUCCUCAAGAUGUUGUUGCAAUCAACACUGUUGAUAAGAACUGUUGCGCGCUGGGAGAACUUAACAAGCAGGUUGUUGUAACUCCAGAUAUUGAUUCCAUGUUGGAUAAUGUGAUUGACCUGGGGUAGAUGCUGCACAUUGGAGGCAAUUUGACAAUAGAAGUUGUGGAAGAACAAGAAGUACCAAAAUGAUGAAUGAGGUAGCACUGUAUAUUAAUUUGAGCAAAGAGAUUCAUGUAAAUGUAACCCGAGUAACCGACAGUGGCAACGUGUUAGCAUCUGUCUUAAGAUAGUUUUGUGAAUGCUUAGAAUGACAAAGGCUAGGUGGAUGACCCUUUAAUACAUUAAUUGGAUCGUUGGAGUUUCUGCAGCGCC